UAAUGGAACUUUUUUGCUGAUUGUCACUUCAGCUGCGAAGGAACGCGAAAAGGCGGAGAAAGCGGCACAGAAGAAAGUAGCCAAGACACCUCCUUCAUCUGGCUAUACCACACCCGUUUCUCAAGCGAUGUCUCCUGUGAAUACACCGAGUAAGGCCUCAAAGAAGGCUGGUAUAGGUGCGAAGAAGUCGGGAACGAUGACUCCUCACGGUACAGGGGGUUUGGAUGCUCGACUAUUCGACAUGGCCGCGUUGAAUUUGUUGUCAAAGGGAGAAGAGCCGAUCGAUGAACCUCCUCCGAAAAUUGCACUGGAGCGUGGAAAGCUGUUACAGGAAGUUCGGAAAGUCCUUGAAGGGCAAGGAGGUGACAAAAAGACUGUUAGCUUGGUCGUGAUUGGACAUGUCGAUGCUGGAAAGUCGACGCUCAUGGGCCGUUUGCUCUAUGAACUGGGGAGAGUUGACGAAAAGACCCGUGUUGCUAAUGAGAGAGGCAGCAGUAAAGCUGGAAAGAGCAGCUUCAGUUGGGCAUGGGAGUUAGACGGAACCAUCGAAGAACGAGAGAGAGGAAUCACGAUGGACAUUGCUUUACAAUCUUUGUCGACCCCUCAACGACAAGUCACCAUUCUAGAUGCCCCUGGACACAAGGACUUCAUCCCAAACAUGAUUUCUGGAGCUGCACAAGCUGAUUGCGCGCUACUUGUAGUUGAUGCUAUCACUGGAGAGUUCGAGGCAGGUUUCGACCGCGGUGGUCAGACUCGUGAACAUCUGCUGCUAGUUCGGAGCCUCGGUGUAUCUCAAGUUAUUGUGGCAGUCAACAAAUUAGACCAGGUCAAUUGGGAUCCGAGUCGAUUUGAAGAAAUAUGUGGGUUGUUACGUGCCUUCCUUGUCCAGUCAGGGUUUCCCUCUUCGAAAACGAGCUUUGUCCCAGUAAGUGCCAUGCUCGGCGUUAACCUUGUCAACAACGCCGAUGCUUCGGUACUGUCUAAAUGGUACAAAGGCCCUACAUUGGUUGACUUGCUUGAUAAACUGGAGCCCCCCACUCGAGAAAUUACUUCCCCAUUAAGAUUGCCGAUAUCCAAUGUCUUCAAGGGACAAAAUUCCGGAACGGGUGUAACUGGUCGUAUAUGCGGUGGCGUGGUGCAAGUCGGAGAACGCCUUCGAGUACUUCCGGGAGAUGAAUCUGCGAUAGUUCGACUUAUCGACGUGGAGGAACAGAGCGUACCUUGGGCAGCAGCUGGAACCAAUGCAGCUGUGUACCUGACCUCCAUCGACCCUAUCCAUCUGAGCAUCGGAAGCGUCCUUUGCCCGCCAUCGGAUAUUGUGCCAUUGGCUACAGUCUUCACAGCUCGAAUCAUAGUAUUUGACAUCCAGCUCCCAAUCACUACUGGUACAUCAAUCGAGCUGUUCCAUCACUCGCGAGAUGUACCUGCCAUGAUAUCAAAGUUGAUAGCUACCUUGGACAGAGCUUCUGGGGUAGUGACGAAGAAGAAUCCUCGGGGUACUUCUGCUGAGGUGGAGAUUAGCCUGCGUGUCGGGACCUUAUCAGGUCCUACACUCAGUACUCGCCCCAUUCCAUUGGAGCCAUUCUCUGUGAAUAAAGAUAUGGGAAGAAUUCUCGUUCGACGGGGAGGUGAGACGAUAAGCGCAGGUAUUGUUCUGGACAUUAUUUCUUGAAUAUAAGACAGUAUCACAAUAGAAAUGCAUAUAUAACACCAAUACUAUGUACAACAGCCACAUAAGCCCUACAGAAUUUUCAUUA